AUGUGUGAAGUCCAACUGGAUAUCGACGUUAUUCGGUACAACGAGGCCUUGACGGAAUGGGAAUCAGGACUCAAUGAUGCUCGUGAAAAAGCCUUGUUGGCAAAGUUCCCUCCCGUGGAACCCAUGUUGUUGGAUCACCCAUUGGUGGUGAUUGACUCUGGCUACCGAAUCAUCUUAUGGUAUCUGCCGGAUAUGUUCAUUGCCACAGUCGAUAUGGGCAACCUGUUGCAAAACAGCAUUACUGCUGGAAAGAUGUCAACCGGAAGGACAACGAAAUGGAGGACAAGCUCUUCAAACUUUCACGUGGCAAGGGAACCAGGUCUAAUUCCCAGGUGCAUCAAUAUUUCACCUUGCUGGUUUCAACAGGGACACGAGAACCCGUCGGAAGGGUUUGUACCGGAAGUCUCUGCCACUCUAAAGGGCGAUAGCGGCCUCUCUUCAAUUAUAGAUAUGCAGCGUCUGGCCCUCCUAUCUUCGGCUGCCCUCAGGGUCAUGCACCCACAGCUUUACCGGGCAUCAAUGUCCACUCAUGUAAAACUCGGGCAUUGGGUGGCAGCGCAAGGUCAAGAUCAGAUGUACCGAUGUCUCCAGCAUUGGGCAUCAGUAUAUUCCAGCGCCGCAAUUGUUUGCAAUGGGCAAUCACCCAGUCAUUGGGAUCCCAAAUGCCCGCCAGAGGGAUUUGACAUUCUCACAUGCAUAGGAAGCUAUGAUCAUGCCGUGAUGAAUUUAACAAACUUGAGGAUUGAUCUGGUUUAUAAUCCGGGAGUCAUGGUAAGUUAUUCUGGCCAUCUUGUGAGGCACGGUGUCCGAGUUGGCGAGGGUGAUAGGAUUGUGUGGGCUUGGUUUAUGCAGGACAGCGUGCAUAACUAUGCUGGAACACCACAGACAGAGUUUGCAAAAUACAACCUGGCCGACUUCACCACAUACCACCUAGCUAGAUAUAAUCAUGCUGAUUUCAUUUGGUACCGGACAUAA